GAGCAGACCGGAAGUUCCUGGUGCGCCGCCGAAAUAUGCCCGAGUGGCAACUGAUGAAACUUCGUCGUCAAAUUUCCAUCGCUUAAAAAGAGUAUGAGGCCAUGAGCUCCGACCAGACAGCUGGCAGACGGACUGACUGCAUCUCCACUGCUGAUGCCUGUAUUGAGCCGAGAGGUGCAGAUGAUGCGGUCUGUCUGGGUCCUCCGUCUGGAGUGAAGCCUCUCUGAACUACAACCAGAGGAACCAUGGACAAACCAGGGAGGUGUGCCUGUAAUGCUCAGGGGUGAGGAGGAGAGCAGCUGAGGAGGAGGAGAUGGGCUGCACCUCUGCCAAGCAGGUGUCAGCCGUGCCCAACGGUGAGGAGGGCCAGAAUAAAGCCUACAGCAAUGGGGACCUUCUCUCUGAUGAGUACAAGAUGAAAGGGGUGGAGAAAGUCAAGUACAUCAGUGGAGACGAGGGAGGAGUGGACGGACAGGACAGCACAGAGAAAAGUGCUCUCCUCGGUAAAGGUCAACACAUGGAUGAAACAGGGUCAAACGGGAAUGGAAAGAUUCUGAGCAUCCACUCCUCAGAGAGUCAGCAGGAAUUCUUCAGGAUGUUGGAUGAGAAAAUAGAAAAAGGCCGUGACUACUGCUCAGAGGAGGACGAUAUGACAUAGCACUGUGGUCGUGUAUCCGUCAGUCCCAAUAUCAAAAAACUUUCAUGGCAGUGUUAUGGAUGGAUCGUACCAUGUGUUACCAUGUAGAGGGGGACUGUCCCUCGUAUGUACACGCCUGUGAAAAACAGAUUACUGACUUGAAUCAAGCACCUUUUUGCGCUCCUGCUCACAACCUCAGUUCAUGUUCAUAUAUCAACCAAGAGAGAAAUGACCCCAAAUCAAAGAUGGUUUAGUAUUUUUAUUCCUUAAUGAAGCCAUUACAGGAUGCCAGAGAUGUUGGGAUUUAAAACACACCUGCUUUUCUUUCCCUCCUUGGAUAUAAGUCAUGGAACAUGGCCGUCACUGAGACUUCCUAUAGACAUUUGAAACUGUUGCACAUAUAAAUCAACAGCAGAAGCAACCCGCGCUCUCGUGGACACUCAGAGCGAAAAUAAUGUCUCUAUCUGCAUCAUUUUGAAUAUUUCGUCCUUGAAUGCCUCCCUGAGAAGUCAACAGUUUUGAAACUUCCUGCAUUCCAAGACACAGUAUGAACCUCUUUUUUACAGUACGUCGACCAGUACGGUGUGUUUGUCUGUCCAUGUCUGUUUCUGCGAUGAUGUAGAGUAUUUAUGUUGAAUAAGGCUCAGGGUUGAAGUGUUGUAAUCUCUGUCUCAUGUAGUCAAGUCCUUCCUACCAUUAAGACACUGUUGCACCAUUAAAAAGACACUCAUGCACUCACACUGCAGGGUUACUGACGUCCCCUGUGUCAGUAUCCGUCCCUACUAAAACCCCGCAGGGUGGACACAGCUACGUCACAUAGAAGUCUGAUUUCGCUCACCGGUGUUAUGUUGUGUUCAGUUUCUAUGUUGAAUUUUUGUUUUUCUAGAAAAAUAAAAAGUGUUUUCAGUAAGUUA